UGACUCACAAUUAUUCAACAAAGUAAGAUAGACCCGCCUCUCUCUCAACUCUCCACGACUCCACCUCUCUGCACCAAACUCUUGCGGAAAAGGAUAUGGCAACACCAACAAGGAUUGGCCUUUGUGGCCUGGCUGUGAUGGGGCAAAAUCUUGCCCUUAACAUUGCUGAGAAAGGAUUCCCAAUCUCUGUUUAUAACCGAACCACUUCAAAAGUUGACGAGACCGUUGAGCGAGCUAAACUAGAGGGAAACCUUCCUGUGUUUGGAUUUCAUGAUCCUGAAGCCUUUGUGCAAUCUAUCCAAAAGCCUCGUGUCAUCAUUAUUCUUGUGAAGGCUGGUUCUCCAGUGGAUCAAACCAUCAAGACACUCUCUGCUUACAUGGAGAAAGGAGACUGUAUCAUUGAUGGUGGCAAUGAAUGGUAUGAGAACACUGAGAGGAGAGUGAAAGCCGUGAAUGAAAAAGGUCUGCUCUAUCUUGGAAUGGGUGUUUCAGGUGGUGAAGAGGGUGCUCGUCAUGGACCUUCAUUGAUGCCUGGAGGUUCAUUUGAAGGAUUCAAGUACAUUGAAGAUAUUCUACUAAAGGUGGCUGCCCAAGUACCUGAUAGUGGCCCUUGUGUCACAUAUGUAGGUGAAGGAGGAUCUGGGAAUUUUGUUAAAAUGGUUCACAAUGGGAUUGAAUACGGUGACAUGCAGCUCAUAGCUGAGGCUUAUGAUGUGCUAAAAUCAGUUGGCAAGCUGUCUAAUGAUGAACUGCAACAAGUUUUCUCAGAGUGGAACAAGGGGGAGCUUCUGAGUUUCUUGAUUGAGAUCACUGCAGAUAUUUUUGGAAUUAAGGAUGAUAAGGGAGACGGAUAUCUUGUAGACAAGGUCCUGGACAAAACUGGCAUGAAGGGUACUGGUAAAUGGACGGUUCAGCAAGCUGCAGACCUUUCAGUUGCUGCUCCUACCAUUGCAGCAUCAUUGGAUUCAAGAUUCCUUAGUGGGUUAAAAGAAGAAAGAACCGAAGCGGCUAAGGUCUUCAAGGCUAGUGGGGUUAGUGACAGUCUUACUGACCAAAAUGUGGAUAAGAAGAAAUUGAUUGAUGAUGUGAGACAAGCUCUUUAUGCAUCCAAAAUAUGUAGCUAUGCACAGGGAAUGAAUUUAAUUCGUGCAAAGAGUACUGAAAAGGGAUGGGGCUUGAGACUUGGGGAACUUGCAAGGAUAUGGAAGGGUGGUUGCAUUAUUCGUGCCAUAUUUUUGGAUCGUAUCAAGAAAGCUUAUGAUAGAAACCCAGAACUUGCAAAUCUACUAGUGGAUCCAGAGUUUGCAAAGGAGGUAGUUGAGAGACAGUCUGCUUGGCGACGAGUUGUCUGCCUUGCCAUCAACUCUGGUAUCAGUACUCCGGGUAUGUCUUCAAGUCUAGCUUAUUUUGACACAUAUAGGAGGGAAAGGCUGCCUGCUAAUUUGGUCCAAGCUCAGAGGGACUAUUUUGGUGCUCAUACCUACGAGAGGAUUGACGUGCCAGGAUCCUUCCAUACAGAAUGGUUCAAGAUUGCUAAGCAGUCAAAAAUCUGAAGUAUUUUUCUGAAUGUCAUUUUGAAGAAUAUGUCUCAUAUGACUUAUUCUAGUCAAUGGUACUCCUAUUAUCUGGAGAUGCAGUUCUGGGAGACUACCCCUUAUUAAUCUGUUAUAUUUGUUGCGAACAAUGAUUUACUGAUUUGGCCAGUUUUGUAUCUUUGUGCUUGUCUUUUUUUUCCCCCCUCACAAACCAGUGGAGAAAAUAAGAGUUGUCACCAUUUAUGUGCUCCAGUGGCUCAGAAUA